UGGUAUUGCUCACUUUUAUAAUUAAUUAAUAAUGAACAUUUUACUAUCAUUUCUAGGUACGCUAUCAACAUAAAAAGCCUAAAAGCACGUGCCACAAACACACGGAACAAAGAAAUAUUUAUCAAACAAAGAAUUUUGACGUUUCUUUUUUUUCUAUCGCUGUAUAUAAAAAUGAGUAGAAAGGUUUUAAUUUCACUAUCAACCAUGAAGUGGCAUAGGGUUGGGUUAUUAGUGGCAGUGUGUUUAACACAGUGUGCUUUGUGUGAUGCUCAAUCCAUAUCAAUAAUUACAAGUGGGACACAAUGUUCUACAAGCGGCCAAAGCUGUGGGUACGGCUGCUCUAGGGGUUGCAACUACCGACCCAACGCAUGUCGAACUUACUACAACAGUGGCUGCAAUUCUUGCUCCAAUACUGGCUGCAGUUCUUGCUCCACGAGAUAUAAUACCAACUCCAAUAGUGGCUGUAAUUCCUGCUCAAACACAUACAACAGCAACAGCUAUUCGAAUUGCAUCACACAACCUGGCGACACUAUCAUAAGAGUACCCAUCUGCGUACCAGCCACGACUAAUAUUACUAUAGACCUAUCUCCUAGUAAUAAUUCAACACCUGAUACUAGUCCACCCGUUGAUACACCCGAUGUCCCUCCCGCUGAUACACCGGAUGUCCCUCCUGCUGAUACACCCGAUGUUCCACCCACCGAACCACCCGCUGACCCACUCACUGAUCCACCCACUGACCCACUCACUGACCCACCCACUGACCCACCCACCGACCCACUCACUGACCCACCCACCGACCCACACACAUUUUUUUCUUAUCCCGAAAUAAUCGAAACAAUAUUAUAAAGCUGCUAAUGGCAAAAUAUACAGUUUUUUAAUUACUUCCAUCUUCAAUCUACUUCUGUCACAAACCGGAUUUGUAAAUACCUUCAGGAUAUGUAAACAGACCCCUUUGAAAUAAAGGUAUAAUCA